AGCAUGAGGGCUGUGCUGGUGACCCUGCUGGCUCUGGCCGCGGUGCCCAGGGCCCCGGCCGUGUGGCUGGGGAAGCUGGACCCUGGGCAGCUCCUGGGGUCCUGGUACGUGGUUGCCGUGGCGUCCGGGGAGAAGGGCUUCGCGGUGGAGAAGGCCACAAAGAACAUGGAGGGCGUCGUGGUGACGCUCACGCCCAAAAACAACCUGAAGGUGCUGGCCUCCCGCCACCGGCUGGAGAGGUGUGAGCUGAGUGCUGUGGAGCUGCUGAGACAGAACUCUGCCUGGGUAUUCGAGAAUCCCUCGCUGGGCGUGCUGGAGUACCGCGUGCUGGGCACCAACUUCAGGGACUAUGCCAUCGUGUUCACGCAGCUGGAGCAGCAGGACGAGGCCUUCAACACGCUGGAGCUGUACAGUCGCACACACCGGGCCAGCCGGGAGGCCCUGAGCCUCUUCACCAGGUGGAGCCGGGGCCUGGGCUUCCUCUCGCAGCAGCAGGCCCGGCUGCACCCCGACCUCACCUGUGCGCACAAGGCCUUCCAGGGGGCUGUGCAGCUCUGA